CACUCUCACUGACCGCUCAUUCCUCUGGCCAGACCCACAGCCAUGGCCUCCUUGCUGGGCCUCCUCCUCCUCCUCGGCCUCUUGGCUUCCUCUUCUUCCUCCCAAGGGGUCCAGCCCCGAAGGCGGAUCCCGGACCCCCAGAAGCCGCCCAUCGAGAAGGUCGCCCUCCAGCCAGACUUCCACCCCGAACAGUUUGCAGGGACGUGGUUCCUGGUCGCGACGGCCUCCCGCUGUGCCUAUUUGUCCAAAAACCACUACCGCCUGGAGGCCACAAACGUGGUGGUGACCCUUGCGCCGGACGCAGCCUCCGGGGAGAAAGCCCUCCUCUUCAGCACCUUCCGCCCGCUGGAGGGCCACUGCUGGAACAUCACCCAAUGCUACUUCCCUGGAAAGACUCGCGGACGAUUCCAGAUCAAAGGUCGCGGCCUUCCUGUGGAGGUUGCCAUUGGGGAGACGGACUACAGCAGCUACGCUAUUCUCUUCCUCCAGAGAGCCAAGGGCUUGUCUGCAAAGCUCUAUGGACGUUCGGCCAAAGUGGGUCCGGCGGUCACGGCCACGUUUGAGCGCCGUGUGAGAGAGCUGGGCUUGGAUGAGACCGACCACGUCUUCUACUUCCCUUCCUACGGGUUCUGCCACACGGCCGACUCCUUCCACACCCUCGACGAGACCAAGUUCACCGGGACCCGCUGAAGCCCUCUUUCCUUCCUUGGGAGACAUAGUUCCGCACGGGACCCGAACGCAGAGCAAAAGCCCAGCAAAACAUUAAACUUUUUUUGGAUCCAAA